CGCAUCUUCAUUUUCGUCUGUUGGAGGAAAGGUGAGCGCAGCGUCUGUGCCAUCCUCAGAGACACUCCUUCCACUGGACUGAUUUAAGCGGCUCUAUCGUUAGUAUUAUCAAUAUUAUUAUUGCCGUUGUUAUUAUUUUUUUUUGUUUUAUCAAUUUUGGAUCUUGUAGUUUGCAACUUCCCGCAGCUUUAGCGAUCUUCAGUUCGGAGCGCAACAGUGGAGGAGGAAAGGGUGAAUUUCUGCCCGAUUGAGUCAAUCUGGGACGAAGAACUCACUCAUGUCACUCAUUAAGUGCAGAUUCCAAAGCCAGUGAAGAUUAUGGAUGUCCUUAGAGAGACUCUGCACCGCGUUAUGACAGCAGAUGGAGUUUAAAGGCACUUUUUCCUCCAUGUGAAGUUUCUUUUCGUUACCCGAUGAUGGACGGCGGACAGUCGUCAAGGACUCUCACACCUGAUUGUGCAGCCUUUGCCAACACAUGAAUGGAAGAAGCAUGUUGUGUCUGAUGCAAUCUCGGGGCUUCUCAGACAGCAGUAGGGCGAUGGGGAUGAGAAAUGGGGCAAAAAGCCACCAUCACUCCAAACCCGUCUCCAAACUGUACUUCAGCUUUAUUUUGCUCCUGCUCAUUUUCACACCCAGAGUGGAUUCGUCGUGGUGGUACAUUGGAGCGCUGGGUGCUCGGGUGAUAUGUGACAACAUUCCUGGCCUCGUGAACAAGCAGCGGCAGCUCUGCCAGCAGCAUCCGGACCUGAUGCAGUCCAUCAGUGAGGGAGCCAAAGAGUGGAUCAGAGAGUGCCAGCAUCAGUUCAGACACCAUCGCUGGAACUGCAGCACCCUGGACCGAGACCACACUGUGUUUGGCAGGGUGAUGCUGCGAAGCAGCCGAGAGGCAGCGUUUGUGUACGCCAUCUCUUCAGCAGGAGUGGUCUACGCCAUUACCAGAGCCUGCAGUCAGGGGGAACUUAAGAUCUGCAACUGCGACAGUAACAAGCGUGGGCAAGCAAGCGACGACAAGGGCAACUUUGACUGGGGCGGUUGCAGCGACAACAUCAACUACGGCAUAAAAUUUGCCAAAGCUUUCGUAGACGCUCGGGAGAAGAUGGUGAAAGAUGCUCGAGCCCUGAUGAACCUGCACAACAACCGCUGUGGUCGAAUGGCAGUGAAGCGCUUUAUGAAGCUGGAGUGCAAGUGUCACGGGGUCAGCGGCUCCUGUUCUCUGAGAACCUGUUGGCUGGCUAUGUCGGACUUCAGGAGGACCGGAGACUACCUACGCAAGAAGUACAACACCGCCAUCGAGGUGACCAUGAACCAGGAUGGGACAGGCUUUAUGGUGGCUGACAAGGAUUUCAAGGGAAGCACCAAGAAUGAGUUAGUUUACGUCGAGAACUCUCCAGAUUACUGUCUCAUGGACCGAGCAGCAGGCUACCUGGGCACGGCGGGCCGAGUGUGCAACAAGUCUUCCAGAGGCACGGACGGCUGUGAAGUCAUGUGCUGCGGACGAGGCUACGACACCAUGCGAGUCAAACGUGUCACCAAGUGUGAGUGCAAGUUCAAGUGGUGCUGCGCUGUGGAGUGCAAAGACUGUGAGGACGUGGUGGACGUUCACACCUGCAAGCCUCACAAGCGACCCGAUUGGCAGGACAUAACCUAAGCAAGGAGACUCGACCAAACACAGGCGCCACUGACUAAUUAACCUGAAAGCGCCAAUGACUACCUUUUAGUUGGGAUCUUGUAACUUUAAUACCUCUGGCUUUCGAUGCUUUGAUACUUCCUGAGGCAGAAACUUCACAAACCUUUGUUGAAUGAUGGUAAACUGGAAAUUAGGCCCAGUUACUGAUCAUGUGCUGCUUUAAGAACAAUUUCUUGAAACUUUGAUACAGAAAUGUCUGAAUAUUAUAUUCUGUUGUAAAUGCAGAUGUAUGACCUAAUGCCUGCUUGUUUUACAGUAUGUAAAGACUGUGUAAACAUAAGACAUGAGAGAGAUGAGCAUAAUAAUAGUAAUAUUUAGUCUGAAGUGAGAGAGAGAGAAAAGAAAAUAAUGAAGAGAUCUUUUGAAAUCUUGUUAAAACACUGACAUUGUAUCAUUUUAAAUGAUUUCAAGUCAUUGUAUGGUACUGCAACAAAUCACUUAGAAUAUAAACACACAGUUGCUGCUAAUUAGUGUAACUGUCAAACUUACAAAGAAGUCAGAGGGCACUUAUGACAAGCUCUUUCUUAAUUACAGGCCAGAUAUUCACACUGUGAACCCGAAGGAACCACAAACAAGAAAGCAAACUAGGACUUGAAGUUAAAUUGCAGUCUAGUUGCUGUAAAAUGAGAUCUUGGUAGAUUGUUGAAAGAAAAAGGACACAUGGACAGAAAAAAAGGAAGCUUUAUAUGAACUUUGGACUGUUGUCUGAAGAAGUCUUGUACAGUAUGCUGCGUAUUUGACUGUAAUAGAUCUAACACAUUCUGGUUGUGUUGCGUCAUGGAAAACCUUCUUGUUUCUACCUCUGGUUAUUUGUCUUUGCUUCCAUUUUUUUCCUCGAUACCUUCACGAAACUGUCAUAGGCCAUGUGCAGACAGCACUGCAAUAAAAACAACACGACCGCCAAGCCAUUUCAAGUAGGCAUUGAUUGCAAAAUAACGUAAAAAAAUUUGAAGUCGGCUCAACUUUCGCCACCAAACAGUACAGUGUCAUCCAAGUAGGCACUGCGUAGGCCAAUCAAAUACACAAAACUGCACAUUUGACAACCAUCAUAGGAUAAAUGUAUUUUUGAGAUGAUGACUUUCCAAAGUUGUAAAUUCCUGUGUCGUAACGUUUCAAAGUAUGAAGGCAGUCAGUACAAAUGAUUGAAACCGGCUGUCCUGGUACCUCACUAGAACCUUAAACAACCCCGUCCCGACCACUAACAAGCCCCUUUGCAAUUUUUAAAGUGGGGCUAUUUUUAUCUGAACAUUAUAGUUAUUAUCAUGAAAUACAGUGUCACAGAGCAUUUGUUUGCUGCAACAUUUAAAUACAUUCUACCUGAACCAGU